GUGAAUGGCAGACCAACAAUCACAAAGACAACAGCAGCCUCAGAGUGCUCCUGCCACUAGCUUUCAGGCUCGUAUUCAACGAGUAGUUUUUCACCUGCAGUUUCUAUGGUUCCUUGGCCACUUGACCACUGUUAUUCAAGCUGCGCUAUUCUUUGCAUUUGGUCUGUUUUCUACGGGCCACAAGGGUUACUAUAAAGCCUUGUAUGGUACACUUCUCAGCUAUGGAAUCAUUUUAUACAAGUCAUAUGGUAUUCCCCAAUUCAAUACAGAGUACCUUCAGAGACUUGUUCGUGAUGAAAACACACAGUAUUUUAUGCUUGCACUUAUUUGGGUGACAUCUGCUCCUCUUUCAGUUGCACUUGUGCCUUAUGCAACCUUUUCAACCUUGCACAUUCUCAAUUACACUCGCAACGAGAUCCUUCCCAAUCUGAUUGGCACCACCACUCCAACUGUCAACUCGCUCUCUCAAGCCAUUGGUAAAUUUGUUCAAACCAAUCAUGCCAAAGCCAUCUACUUUGUAUCCAACACCGAAGUAUGGGUUAUUAUGCCCAUGACAAUUGUGACAAUUUUCACUGGUCACACAUCCUUUUUUACACCUUUGGUCUAUGGUCAAUUCUUGAGUUUCCGCUAUUCCUUUUCACCAGUAACGAAACAGGUUGUAGCUGGGAUGGAUCAAAGAUUGAAUAUGUGGAUUGUGGGAAAUGAUCGUGUUCCAAUGUUUUUGAGGAACUUGUAUAGCAAGGCAAGAAGUCUAGUUGUGCAAUAUGGUGAUAUGGAGGGCCGUGCGCGUCGUCAGUCUGCUGCUGGUAAUGAUGGUAGUGCAGGUGCUUCAGGUGCUGCACCUGCUCAGUAAAAACACUCCAUCCCCAUUUAGUUUUUAAUGUGAUGUUUUUGUCUUGCAUGAAAGUUGAAACCCAGUUGUUCUGCUGGAAAUAAAGCAAAAAGGCCAU